AUGUUGAACCGUACAGUUAUUAAAGCCAUCUGUAAUGGUUCACAGCCUUGGCCAACGGGUUUGCCAAUUACGGAAUGCGAGCAAUAUUUGACAGGAUUAACAGAAUCUACCAUGGAUGAUUCAUAUUCAUUCUCCACGCGUAUACUAAUGACUUUCAUAUUCUCUGUUCUUAGCUUAAUUGGCGUUAUUGGUAACAUUCUGGUCAUCACUGUUGUUUUCAAAGUCAAGGGAAUGAAAACUCCCACAAACUGUUAUCUGGUUUCACUUGCUGUCAGUGAUUUGUUGUUUUUCGUUGCAACAGCACCAACAGAAUUAUCAUAUCUUCAUGUGGAUUCUGGUGAAUACAUAUUCGGAAGUGUAGGAUGUGCAUUAUUCUCUUAUUUACCAUAUUUGGCAAUAAAUUCAUCAUCGUUAUCCAUAACAGCCUUUACCAUAGAGAGAUUUAUUGGAAUAUGUUAUCCAUAUCAAGCACGAUCAAUCUGUACUGUGAGUCGAGCUUGUCUGAUCAUAUUCUGCAUUUGGGUAUUCUCCAUCAUUUAUAACUCUCCCUGGCUGUAUUUGGCCAGUAUAGCAGAAGACAGUGAAGGAACAUACUGUAAUUUCAAAUUAGAUCGUGAUAACUGGACAUACAAGACAAUGUUUUUGAUGGAUUUCGCUGUAUUUUAUAUGAUUCCAAUGCUUUUAAAUAUUAUUAUUUAUGGUCGAAUAGCUAUGACAUUAUCACAAUGUGGAGACAAAUUGAAACAAUCCGUUAAACAAUGCAAAAAUACUGAAAUAUCUCCAAUAUGUGAUAAUAAUAUGGAAUAUCAUGUGUCCGGUAGACGUAGUACCAUUAAAGGAAAAAAUCAGGUUGUCAAAAUGCUCGCAUUAGUUGUUGUUGUGUUUGCAACUUGUUGGCUUCCUUAUCGAGCAAUGGUUAUGUACAACUCGUUCGCCGAAAAUAGAUGGAAUCCCGAUUGGUACAUAUUUUUCUCAAAGACCAUGAUUUUCAUAAACUGCGCUAUAAAUCCGAUUUUGUAUCAUUUGAUGUCUGCUCGAUUCCGGGAAGCUUUCCAAACAUUGUUCAGACGCGAGAAGAAAAAUGUAGCAAAUCGGACAUGUUCAGUGACCAUUCCAACAAAGGUAUUAGUGUCACAGAAGGAGCAAAAGAUAACACGAACGUCUCCGGAGAUGCAGUUGAUCAUGGAUGCUGACGGCUCAUCAGAAGAGGAACAUCCUAACUAG